AAAGCACAAGACAAACACCCCUUUGAGUUUGUUUCUGAUUGCAAGAGCAGGGAAUAGCCAAUUGUUUCAACUAAGCAAUCAUGAAGCAAAAAAUAAUAAUCAAGUUGCAAAUGGACUGCGACAAAUGCAGAAACAAAGCUCUGAAAAUUGCUGCAGAGGUGCCAGGUGUGACUGCAGUGUCACUAGAAGGUGAUGAAAAGGAUCGUGUGGCAGUGACGGGUGAUGAUGUGGACAUGGUUUGUUUGGCUAACUUGCUGAAGAAGAAGUUCCGCACUGUCAUAAUUCUGAGUGUGGAAGAUCUGAAAAAAGCAGCUGAAGAAAAGAAGAAAAAAGAAGAAGCAGAAAAGAAGAAGAAGGAAGAAGAAAAGAAGAAGAAGGAAGAAGAAGAAAAGAAGAAAAAAGAAUGUUGUGCUGUGAAGUGUCCUCCACCACCUUGUGAGCCUUGUAACAAGUGCCACAUUUCCACUUGCCAUGGUAAGUGUGACAAAUGCUCAAAGUGCCAAAAUUCCAAGUGUGAUGGCAAGUGUGUUGUCAGUUGUGUCAAGUGUGAGAGUCCCAAGUGCCAUGGUGAGUGUAAACCAUGCCAUAAUUGUCUGAGUUUCAAGUGCCAUGGUUGUAAACCUCCUUCACCGUGCUUCCGUCCGUGUCCUCCAUGGUGCACCUGUUCCAAGUGCUAUGUGCCCUAUUAUCCACCAUGUAACCCCUAUCCUUGCCAAGUGGUUUAUGAUCCAUGCCCUGAUAAUACUUGCUCCAUUAUGUGAGAGCUAGCUUGCUUGCUAUGCCUAUACCAAUCAAUUGGGGAUCGUGGUAUAAUAAGUUGUUUGUAAUCAGUAAGAUAUUUAUUCUAAUCUCCACUCUUUAAUUUUUCCCUUGGACACAUACAUGCCGUUUUAAUUCCUGAAAAGAUGUCCAGAGAGAUGAAGAAAAAUUUUGGAAGAAAUUAUUAAAAGAGAUUUAUAAUCAAUAAUAUUUUAAAAAAAUUAGUAUUUGAAGUUAAUUUGUUGUGUAAUUUAUGUAACCGAUUUUACUUAAUGAAAUAAGGUUUAAUUAUUGUUGUUU